AUGUCUGACGCGUUCAAGGCUCGGACGCUGAAAAGGAAGAAUGUCAAGGGAUUGGCGUUGAAUGCACCUGCUCCCCGAACAGCACCCUCCGAGGGUGAUUCACAGAUCCCCGGGGCGCUUGGAAAUUCAGAAAGUGACCGAACAGACACGUUGGAGAUUGGCUUGGAAUUCAAACUCGACCUCAGAAGUGAAGAUCUGAUUGUGCUGAAAGAGCUGGGUGCUGGCAAUGGGGGCACUGUCAGUAAAGUCAUGCAUGCUUCGACCAAGGUGAUUAUGGCAAGAAAGGUCAUCCGAGUCGAUGCAAAAGAGAACGUCCGCAAACAAAUAGUCCGAGAACUGCAAGUUGGCGCUGACUGCAGCUCGCCGUACGUCAUCACAUACUAUGGAGCAUUUCAAAAUGAAGCCCGUGAUAUUGUGCUCUGUAUGGAAUAUAUGGAUUGCGGAUCCUUGGACCGUAUAUCAAAAGACUUUGGACCCACACGUGUUGAUGUACUGGGAAAAAUCACAGAAUCUAUUCUUGGAGGUCUAGUAUACCUUUACGAGGCCCACCGAAUCAUGCACCGAGAUAUCAAGCCAUCGAACGUCCUGGUCAACUCUAGAGGAAUGAUCAAGCUAUGUGAUUUUGGCGUGGCUACAGAAACUGUCAACUCAGUAGCCAACACGUUUGUCGGGACUUCAACGUACAUGGCCCCGGAACGAAUUCAGGGAGGAGCAUACACCAUCAAAUCCGACGUUUGGAGCGUGGGGUUGACGGUGAUGGAACUUGCAAUUGGAAGAUUUCCGUUUGAUUCAAGCGACUCUGCCGCGGGCGACAGAGCCAGCGCUGGACCAAUGGGGAUUCUUGAUCUUUUGCAGACCAUAGUUCACGAGCCGGCACCCAAGCUUCCAAAGAGUGAGGCCUUCCCGUCUAUCCUGGAAGACUUUGUGGCCAAAUGUCUGCUCAAGAACCCCGACGAGCGGCCAACUCCUCGAGAGCUAUAUGACAGAGACAACUUUUUGCAGGCUGCCAAGAGAACACCUGUCGAUUUGCAGGAAUGGGCGGUAUCCAUGAUGGAACGACACAAUCGAAAAUCCUAUCUGGCCCCUCCUGCGCCAAAAUCACUCAAGAGCGAUGGGACAAGCUCGGAUAGCUCCCACCCAGCCUCGUCGGCGUCGACAGCCUCAUUUGCAGGCGAUGCCCGUGGCACUCCGGUGACGGCCAAGCAAUAUGCUAGCCCGACAUCUGGCAACAUCCCGGUAGCACCUCCACAGUUUGGCUUUCAAGGAACACCAACCGGUAUUGUGGAGAGAUCGCCGCCUCCUCCGCUCUCUUUACAGCAUUUGUCGUUGGAGACUAGGGACGCGCCGAACGGAAUUGGUCCUCGUGCUAAUCGCAUGGGCUACAACGACCGUGACAAUAUUCCUGAGCCUGCUUCAGCUAUCGAGCCUUCUCAAAGACCCAUGUUUCCGCCGAGGACAAGUAGUAGCGGGAAUACCAUCAACGGCAGAAAUCCAUUGGUGAGUCCAGCGUUUUCCGUGCGACAACCUCCACCAACUGGUCCGUUACCGGCUCCUCCAAUGAAGGACCUACCUGCACCGCCAGCAUUAAAGAGUGCAGGAAUAGCUAGUCCUCGUCGACCAAGGUGA